GUGUGCUCUUAAGUAGUUGGUGCCUCCGCUAGGUCGCACCCACUCUGGGCCUUGGUUCCGCGGGUUUGGCUUCCUUCGCCUCGCGGGCUGGCCCACACCCGAGGCCGUAUGCUUGACGAGGAGAGGGCCUGGGGUUGUAAUGGGCCUGACAGCUUCCAUCAACAAACUGUUUUGGAAGUCACAUAACUGGACAUUAGAUCGCUAAUUUUUAGUGACUUACUUGCAUAGUCAUUCUUUUCCGAAUUUUGGUUGAAACACACACACUUCGAAUGAAUAUAUGGAAGCGUGCACAAGCUUUUGUAUCACCACAAUUUUUAUAGUAGUCAGACUAAUGCGCCGGUUGCAAGACCUGUAUGGGAUAUAAUUUCCGGUUGUAGAAACUGGUGACAUCGGGACAGCAGCGUUGCUUUGUCUGUAGGCGUAGACACGAUUCUUAGACGAGACACACGAGGGCGGCAUGCACAUCCGUAAGUACGUCCCCACUUUGUCUCCAGGCUGCAGAUCGAGCCUAUAUAAACUCCUCGAACCAGCAAAGCACACAGACACAGGGCAAGCUAGCUGAUAAACAAGCACACAGGGCAGGAGCUCAAUCCCCGCCAUGACAGGCACUACCAAGGUCGCAGUGGUUUUUGCCAUUGUUCUUGUUUUUCUGCAGGCGACAUGCUCCGUUUCUGGGCGGCCCACUGUUAGGGAAGGCAAGUUUGAACUUCGACAGAACGUCCCGGCGACGAUGACGGUGAACGGCUUCCAGCAAGGUGAGCCGGGCGGCGGGCCGGCGUCGUGCGAUGGUCAGUUCCACAGCGACGAUGAGUUCAUAGUGUCGCUGUCGUCGGAGUGGUACGCCGACGGGGCCCGGUGCGGCAAGUUGAUCCGCAUCGCCGACGACGCCAACCUUCACAUAAGCGCCAGGGUCGUCGACGAGUGCGCCGGCUGCGACAACGAGGUCGGCGCGUCGAUACAUAUCUGGAAGAACUUCAAUCUAGACCCCAGUGUCGGCCAGGUGGACAUCAAAUGGUCCGACGUGCCGGACGAAGCCUAACUUAAACGGAAACUUAAACAUGCAUGCAUGCAUGCAUCCAUGUUGUCAGUCCAUCGGUGGAUCGAGUUAUUUGCUUUCAAGUUUCAACUUUCAACUCUGUAUUUGUAACUGGGGUAUGCCUCAGUCCCUUAAUGUCUCAGCGUUGGUACUCUUUGCCCGGCCGUCUUCGG